AAAAAAAAAAAAAAAUCAUGUUAGAAAAUUAUCUGUUUGUUUAUACUGUUACAGAUCGGGGAGCUCCACUUUGGUCUCCUUGAUCGAUGCCACACCAAGCCUGCACCACACGAAUCGGGAUUUCGAAUUCCGCCAUUGUUGAUUCCUUCCCCCAUUUUGUUCCUCGAGCUUUCUCAUUGGAUCCGGAUUUGAAUUGUAGCUGUUAGGAUUUUGAUCGGGAAUUUGAGGUUUGACGAUUGGUAUUGUACGGGCUCUCAAUUGUUUCUCUGCAUUUUUUUUUUGGGGGGGGUUGAAGGUUCUGGGGAUCAGCAUUGUGCACAUUUUGGAUUCGGAUUGAAUAUCUAGGGAGAAUUUGAGGUUCAGCGGGCUUGAAAUUGUACGGAUCUGAUCGGUUUCGUAAAUCUGUUGCUGUGGUGUAUUGGUCAUUGCAAUUCUGAACCGGCAUUUCUCUGCAUUCAUCGUUUUUUUUUUUUUUUUUUUUUUUUUUUUUUUUUUUUUUAAAUUCUUUUUUGGUUAGUUUUUGAGGAUUUGAUGCGUCGAAGGUGAAUUGGAACUUCACGGGAGAAUAAUCUGUUUAUUGAGGCUUUGUUGCUUUGAGAUAUGGAUCCUAUUUCUGCUGUCAGCGAGGAGCUAGCGGAGAUCAAUGGCCAAAUCUCCGACAUUUUUCGAGCUUUAUCAAAUGGGUUCCAAAAAUUGGAGAAGAUUAAGGAUGUUAACAGGCAGAGCAGGCAGUUGGAAGAGCUUACUGAUAAGAUGCGUGAAUGCAAGAGACUUAUCAAAGAGUUUGACAAAGAAGUGAAGAACAUGGAGAGUAGAAAUGACCCAAAUACCAACAGGAUGCUUAGUGAGAAAAAGCAAUCAAUGAUCAAAGAGUUAAAUUCAUAUGUUGCUAUGAAAAAGCAAUAUCAGAGCAAUCUUGAGAACAACAAGCGAGUUGAUCUCUUUGAUGGGUCUAAUGAAGUAUAUGGGGACGAUAAUGUCUUGCUAGCUUCAUCUAUGACAAAUCAACAGCUAGUAGAUAAAGGAAACCAGAUGAUGGAUGAGACUGAUCAAGCCAUUGACAGAGCAAAAAAGGUUGUUCAUGAGACCAUUAAUGUUGGAACAGAGACUGCAGCAACCCUUAAGGCUCAGACUGAACAAAUGAGCAGGAUAGUUAAUGAGCUGGACUCUAUUCAUUUCUCAAUUAAGAAAGCUUCUAAACUGGUUAAAGAACUCGGUCGGCAGGUUGCUACCGAUAGGUGCAUUAUGGCAUUGCUCUUCCUUAUUGUCUUGGGGGUAAUAGCCAUCAUCAUUGUGAAGAUAGUGAAUCCCCAGAACAAAGACAUUCGGGAUAUUCCAGGAUUAGCACCGCCUGCAAUGACUCGAAGAUUACUCUGGACUCGUCAUUAAAAAGAGUAAAAAUGAACUGUCAUGUGAUGUCAGGAUAAUUUUGGUCAGAUUCAUUGGAUCAAAGAAUAGCUUAGCUUGUGUUGCUCUUGGUCGCAACCAGCAUGGCAGAACUGAUAUGGUUGUGGCGUGGAUUUUCCUUUACAGUCAAUUUAUUGAAGAGAUUGGCAGACUUCCAAACAAUUAGCCCUGGAUGUCAUUUCACUGAGUAUAAUCUACUUAAUGAGGUCUGUACGAUUUUUUAUUUUUUAUUUUUGGCUGAUUGAAGACAUUAUGUUUGUGAAAUUGUAUUGGCUCAGCUGUAUAACAACACUUGUAUCUGCAUGAUUCUUUCACUAAAAUUUGCCCCCUGUU